CAUGCAGCCUGCUCCUGCUCCUGCUGCUCAGGCUCCAGCUCCAUCCCCCGGGCCGUGACGAGCAGAGGGCGAGAAAAAAAAAACCCAGAUAUUCACUGCUAUUGAACAACAACAGAUAUCGAGCAUCAUGGAGGCUGUUAAAGCGUUUAAUGUAGAGCUCUACUCUCUGAACGAAUACAAGCCUCCGAUCUCCAAAGCCAAGAUGACCCAGAUCACCAAGUCGGCCAUUAAAGCGAUAAAGUUCUACAAACAUGUGGUACAGAGUGUGGAGAAGUUCAUUCAGAAGUGCAAGCCUGAGUACAAGGUCCCGGGUCUGUACGUCAUCGACUCGAUCGUGCGUCAGUCACGGCAUCAGUUUGGCCAGGAGAAGGAUGUGUUCGCGCCACGCUUCAGCAAGAACAUCAUCUCUACCUUCCAGAACCUCUACAGAUGCCCCUCUGAUGAUAAGAGCAAGAUUGUCCGAGUGCUAAACCUGUGGCAGAAAAACAUCGUGUUCAAAAGUGACAUCAUCCAGCCGUUACUGGACAUGGCAGUGGGAAUCCCGCCCCCGAGUGUCACGCCUGUUUCUGCCAGCACCGCUGUUCCUGUUAACAACGCCACUCCUGGCACUCCUGCUACUCCGGCCACUCCAGCCAACAUCAUGCCCAGUUUACCAGACUGGGCGUCUCAGAUCUCCAACUCAGACACUGUGGCAGCUGUAGCACAGAUCCUACAGAGCCCUCAAGGGCAGCAGUUGCAGCAGUUGGUGCAGAGUCUGCAGCUGCAGCAGCAGAAGCCUCAGCCGUCUCUCCUGCAGGCGCUGGAUGCCGGUCUGGUGGUUCAGCUGCAGGCCCUGACCGCUCAGCUCACAGCGGCAGCAGCCAACACACUCCCACUCGAGCAGAGAGUCUCCUCCUUCAACAAGAAACUCUUGGGACAGUUUGACUUUGGCGGCGAGUCCGAACCCAGUGACGAUUCUAAAAAGGACACGGCGGCACCUCAGUUGCCACUGGUUUCAGAGUCCAUUAACAACUCCCUGUUCCAUCAGUUGGCCGAGCAACUCCAGCAGCAGAACCUCGAACAGUUUCAAAAACAAAUCCUAGAGCACCAACAGCAUCAGCAGAAGUCCAUCGGUCUGGAGAGCCAGGAGAGCAUCUUCGGUCCCGAGAACUCGGCCCCUCCACCACAGAGCAACAUCCAACCACAGCUCCAAGAACAGGAAAACAAACUGGACGAUUCUAUUGACAACCAACAACAGGACAUGGACCUGGACGAGGGACAGGACACUGUAGAUGAGGAUAUGUUUGAGUCGGAUGAGAAGAAAACCAGCGGUACUCGUUCCAGAACACACUCUCGGUCUCGCUCCAGGUCCCCGAAGAGGAGGAGGUCAAGGUCACGCUCAGGGUCUCGAAAGCGGAAACACCGAAAACGGUCACGCUCGCGGUCCAGAGAGAGAAAAAGGAAAUCGUCUCGCUCCUACUCUAGUGAGCGACGUGCACGAGAGAGAGAAAAGGAGCGGCAGAAGAAAGGCCUUCCUCCCAUUCGCUCCAGAUUUCUCAGCGUGUGUAGCACUACUUUGUGGGUGGGUCAAGUGGACAAGAAGGCCACACAGCAAGACCUUACCAACCUUUUUGAAGAGUUCGGCCAGAUUGAAUCCAUCAACAUGAUUCCUCCUAGAGGAUGUGCUUAUAUCUGUAUGGUGCAUCGACAGGACGCUUUUCGUGCACGACAGAAAUUAAGCACCGGCUCGUACAAAAUCGGGUCAAAGGUUAUAAAGAUCGCCUGGGCGCUUAAUAAGGGUGUGAAACAGGAAUACAAGCAGUUCUGGGACGUAGAUCUUGGAGUGACCUACAUCCCCUGGGAGAAGGUCAAACUAGACGACCUGGACGGCUUUGCAGAAGGAGGAAUGAUUGACCAGGAAACAGUUAACGGUGAAUGGGAAGCUCAGAAGAAUACAGAAACACCGAAGGAACCCCAGGUUCAGCCGGUGUCUGCUGAAAGCACCUCAGCCAGCACCUCACAGAAUGAAACCUUCACGCAGCAGGUCACCAUGAUGCCUGUGCAGAUCCCAGUGGCACAGACGGUCCCUGCGGUCGGCCUGGUCCCGCCCGCUUAUCCUGUCACCAUGACGAUGCCUCCACCUGGCUACGGUCCCCCACCUCCCUUUCUCAGGGCAGGAUUCAACGCUACGCAGCCUCCACCAGGUUUCAUGGCCACUUCCAGCGUAGCUCCGUCUGCUGGUCUCGGUUCAGCACCAACACCACUGGUACAGCCUAAUCAAGACAGCAACAAGGAGUCAACAUUCGGAGCGAUGCUCCCUCAGACGAGCACCAUCCCAGCAAGCUUCAUGCCCUCGGGAAUGCCUGGAGCAGUGUUCAAUCCUGUGGGAGCUCAAGCACAACAGGCCAGCAAUGACAAGUCAACUGUAUCUGGAGAGAGUUUAGACACACCUAAUGAAAUAACGCUACAGGGAAUGCAGAAUGCAGUGCGUAGUGGGAUGGGUUUACUAGGCAUGCACCCUUCUGCAUCUCUCUCUCACCCUCUCACCGGUCAGAGGAUGCCCGGGCUGCUGCCUCUCGACUUGCGGCCAAACCUCCUUCAGGGAGCUGGGGCUCGUUUCCCUAUGCUCAUGCAGCAAGGCCUGGCGCAGCAAGCCAACAGCCUCCUGGACACCUCGCUUCAGGCCCGUGCACGAGCCCCUUUCCCUCCAAUGGAGCACUUUAAUCGUGCAGAGGGUCCCUUUGUGAGGGCCCCCAAUCCUGCAGCUCCUCCACCAGACAACAUGGACAAAGCUAAUAAUAAUAAUAAUAAUACACCGACUACUUCAGACGGUGGAGGCCAACAAGAGGGAGAUCAGGAUUAUCGUUUCCCACCUCCUGAGAAACAGAGCACAGGCCUGCUGAGGACUCCUCCUCCUGAGAUGAGGUCGGAACCCACGCCCGUGAGAACUCCACUGUUGGAGAGACCUCCUAGAGGAGGCAUGCACUUGGAAGGCAGAGAGGGACUCGGGAGACGAGAGUCCAUGCCAGGUCCCUUUAGAGCCGAGACGCGCUGGGGUGCAGCACGUGGGGACCUGGAUGAACGAGAUAUAAGAGGAAUGUCGGCAGGACCGCCGAAGAGCCUUCAGGAUGAUCGGGGAAAUCCAAAUUUCCAAAACCGUUUUGAGAUGCGCGGCGCAGGAGCCAUGGGUGGCGUAGGGCCAGGCUGGAAUCGUGGAGGUGGACCCUUCAAUGCGAACAUGCACCAGGACUUUGAUGAUCGACGUCGACCCUGGGAGAGGCAGAAGGACCGUGAUGACCGGGACUUCCGCAGGGACGUAAGCGACAACCGGCACAGGGAGCGAGAGGGAGAACGAGACCGCGAACGAGGUCGAGAUCGGAAUCGGGAGCGAGAGAGAGACCGAGACCGAGAACAGGGUAACGAUAAGGAGAGAGACAGGGAACGAGCUGGCUGGGCGCCUCUUAAUCCCCAACCUCAACCUCUCCUCCCUCUUCCCAGACCAUCCCAACCACUACUGCCUCUGCCGACUCCUCUGCUAAACCUGCCUCCAUCUCAGCCUGAGUCACAUCCUAAACCUCUUCUACAGCACGAGCCACAACCCACAGGGAGACCAGCAGAACUGCAGCCGCCCCUGCAGUCGCAGCCUGAAAAAGAGGCCACAAUUGGCCAAGAGAAGAAAGACAACUUUAGUGACAGUGACUCUAAACAGGAAACUGACCCAGAACCCACAAACAAGUUGUCUCACCCUUCCCCGUCCGCACCUACGGACGAGCCCCUAAACGAAACACAAGCUUCAGAAGCGUCCACUUCACCGCUCGUGGCUGCAGGCGGCGGACGGACCGUGCCGAAGGAAGAAGCCGAGACUGGGACUGAGCCUGAGCUAGUGAAAACGGACACUGAGGAAACAUAAUCGUCACUCAGUAGGUAAAAAGAUUUUGUAUAGUUGUCAUCUCUGUACUUAUUUCAAAACGGCAUCCACAGGACCUGCUCAGUUCUGUCGCUCAGCAAAAAAAAGAAAGAAAAAAAAAAACGAUCAUGCCAGUUAUGUACUCUUAUCAUAGAACGCUCACAAUAGAGGAUUUCACUGGUAGGUGAUAUUUUAAUGUUUUAUUUACAUUUUUUUUCUUUCUUUUCUUUUUUUUUUCUUUUUCUUUUUUUUAUGCAACCCCACUGUUUUAAAGCUAGGUUUUAAAAUCCUUGGAAUUUGCUUGCCAAAAUGCCAAACUGUUGUGUAGCCGAACUGUAAUCUGGGGAGGGUGGGGAGCUGUGACCUUCCUAUGGAAGAGUUAAACGGAUGCUGGCUCUUUUUUUUUUUUAUCCCCUGAAGGAUUGGAUGCAGAAUGUGAGAGAGGGGGAAAGGAAAAGGAACAAAAAAAAAAAAAAAAAAGCAGUCAAGGCCUGUUCUGUGUUUUUGUUUUUUCCAACCAGCGGCUACAGAGUUUAAAAUGAAUUAAUGCCUUUGUGGUGUCCUAAUGCUUGUUGUCUUUUAAGCAAAUGAUGCGUACAGCCAAUACAGUGAGAACCGUAAUGCCGUUUUAGUUGCUUUUGAAAAGAAUCAAAAAAAACAAAAAAAUUAAAAAAUUUAUUAUGUACUA